AUGUCAAUAGCAUGGCGAUAUGCAGGAGCCUUUGCCUGGUUAGAGACAAUUCCAUAUGUCUGAUUUGGAUAUUCCUUUUUAAUUGGAGGUUUUUUUAUUUCAGAGAAAGUCCAUAAUUCUUUUUCAGGAGAAUCUUAUACAGGAGGAGAUAUUUUCGUCUGAACGUGAUUCAUUAGUGGAGUAUAUUUCUUAGGACAUUCUGUCAGAAAUAUUGCUCUUCUAGAUAAAGGACUUGAAGCAGCAUUUAAGGUGUUUGAAAUAAUUAAUAGAGUACCAGAAAUAAAUUGAGAUAAUGAAUCAAAUAUAGAGAUCAAAGAAAUAUUACAAAGCAUCAGAUUCAAUGAAGUUGAGUUUAAGUACCCUAUUGCUAAAAAGAAUUCUUUGAAUGGAGUAUCAUUUACAAUUAAUAAGGGCCAAACUAUAGCUUUAGUUGGAUCUUCUGGAUCAGGAAAAUCUACUAUUGCCAGACUUCUUGAGAGGUUCUAUGACCCGAGUAAUGGAACUAUUCUCAUCGAUCAGCAAGAUUUGAAGUCAGUCAAUUUGAGAAAAUACAGACAUCUAGUUGGAGAACAUGCUCAAUUCCUACCCAGAUGCAACUGAAGAUGACAUUAUCAGGGCUCUCAACAAGGCUCACGCUUGGGAGUUUGUUCAAAAACUUGAGAAAGGCAUAGACCACUCUGUUGGGGCAAUUGGAUGCCAACUUUCUGGUGGUCAAAAACAAAAAUUGCCAUUGCCAGAGCACUCAUCAUGAACCCUCAGCUUCUGAUCUUUGAUGAAGCAACGAGUGCUCUUGACAUUCAGAAUGAGAAGGAAGUUCUAAAAACCAUUGAAUCAAUUGAAGGAGACUCCAUCACUAAAUUGGUGAUUGCUCACAGACUGACAACUAUAAAGAAUGCAGACAUAAUCCUUGUUCUUGAAGAUGGAAAGAUUGUAGAACAAGGAAAUCAUGAAGAAUUACUUAGAAUAAACCAGGUCUAUGCAAAAAUGAAGAGGAUUCAAGAUAAUGCCAGUAGGACAAAAGAAAUAAACACUCUUAAAUUUAAAGAUAUCGCUUUUCUAGAAGAAGGAGAAGAAACUAAAAAUAUUGAACAUGGAGAUAAUCAGCUUUCAGAAGAAAUUCCACUAAAAUUCUCAGAUUAUGAAUCAACUAAUUUAGCAUCAGAAGAAAAUCUAUCCUCAAAUACAAAUACACUCUCAUUUGCUUUUAAUGAGACUCUAAAGUAUGCGACCCCUCGAUGGGGCAUAAUAAUAAUUAUCCUUGGCGCAAUUAUUUGCCCUGUAUGUUUUAUAAUAUUCAUAUAUCCUCUGGCAAAGCUUUUGAUGACGUUCAUAUCAAAUCCAUCUGGCACAGAGGUCAAGAAUGAUAUGGCAAUUUAUAUAUCAACAAUAUUUGGAAUUGGGAUGGUAGCAUGAAUUACACAGUUUAUUUCCAAAGUAGUGUUGCAUUGGCUGAACACUAACUUAGCUCAAAAUGUGAGAAAAUCAGUCUACGAUAACAUUAUCAAGCAGCCUCUUCAGUUUUUUGAUACAGUCUCUCAUAGUACUGGGAAUUUGACAUCUAUUCUGACUUCGACUGUAAAAGAGUUUAAUGGCGCCGCGAUUGAGACUUAUGUCUUUAUGCUCCAAGGUUUAACAGGAAUGAUCACUGGAAUCGUCUUUUGUUUUAUCUUUGAAUGGAAUAUUGGGUUAAUUAUGUGUUUUAUAACUCCAGUUACUUUUCUAUCUUUUGGAACAACAUUGGCUCUUCAAUUCAGUUUUCAAAGUGAGAAUUAUGGGAUCAUUAACAAUCAAGAUAAAAUGAUAUCGGAUUAUAUUUUAAACUAUGCUACUGUUUCAUCAUUAGCAAAUGAAGAAUUUAUGACAGAUAGGUAUUUUAAAGAUAAAGAAGAUGCAAACUUAUAUGAAGCAGUUAUCCCAGCCAUAGUGUAUGCAUUUGGGUUUUCAUGUUACAUCCUCUGAUUUACUUUCAUAUCCCUUAUAUGUGCUCAUAAUCUGAUUGCAGGUCAUUCUGUUGAAGACCAGGAGCUGUCCAUUCUAGGAUACUCUAUUUCAUUUCUUUCAGCUAUCUAUAUAAUGAAUAAUCCUCCAGAUUUUGGAAGAGCUUUCCUAGCUGUUAGAAAGGUAGCAGCAAUUAAAGAAUAUGUCAAGGAAGGUGAGCCAGGAAGUCCUAUCAUUAAUGGCACAGCUAUUUUAAAUGAAGAAAUUACGACUUAUGAAAUUGAAUUUCAUAAUGUAUGGUUUAAAUACCCUGGCUCAAAGAGAUCCAACUGGGUUCUUGAAAAUUUUAAUUUAAAAAUUAAUCAGGAUGAAAGAAUUGGAUUUGCAGGAGAAUCUGGAUGUGGUAAAAGCACAGUUGCUUCUCUCUUAAUGCGAUUUUAUGAACCUCAAAGUGGAUAUAUAUCCAUUGGAGGUAGAAGGAUUGGUGAUUUCACACUCGACUCACUCAGAGCUCACUUUGGUUUUGUUCAGCAAGAACCAAUUCUGUUUAACACAACAAUCAUGGAAAAUAUUUGCUAUGGGAAGCCUCAUGCAACAUCUGAAGAAAUAGAAAGUGCAUCUAAAACAGCUUAUUGCCAUGAUUUUAUCGUUGAAAGGGCAAAGGAUACCACCAGUGAAUUAGUGGUCUUUGAUGAAGAAUCUCAAGAUAACAGACUAGACAACUUAGAUAAAGGAUAUAAAGCUCUUUGUGGUUCAAGAGGAUCUUAUUUGUCAGGAGGUCAGAAGCAAAGAAUAGCUAUUGCAAGAGCCAUCAUUGGAAACCCCAAAGUUCUUAUAUUAGAUGAAGCCACUUCUGCUUUGGAUGAAGAGUCUCAGAAAGAAGUACAGAGCGCCUUGGAUGAGGUGACCAAGAAAUGAGCAUCAAUAGUAAUUGCACACAGACUUAGCACAUUGCAAAAAUGAGAUAGAAUAGUGACAAUCGAGAGUGGAGUAAUCAUUAAAGAUGAAAAGUUAAAAUAA